AUGUUGGCCGCCGUGGCGGGCAGGGACUACUUCGCCGCCGAGUGCCUGGUGUCCAUGUCCACGCGGGCCGUGCUGCACGCGCGUUGGUGGGGGGCGGCGGGGGCGGGCCCCGGGGUCGUGGGCUCAGGGGCGGGCGCUGGCAAGCGGCUGGAGGUGGCAGACACCCGCCCCGCGCCCCGGGGGCUGCUGUGGGUGCCCCCGGUGCUGCGGCCGCCCGGACCCGGGGUGGACCCGGCUGACGGGGCGCCCCGCCUGCUGGCCGCGAGCGCUCUGGCCGACCUGAGCCGCGGCGUGCGCCAGGGCACCCGGGAGGACCCGGGAGUGGCCCCACGCGCCCUGGGGAGCGGCCCCGGCCCCGCCUCGCGCCCCGGGCCGGCCCUGGCCCUUCCUGAGGAUGAGCUCUCCGAGGACGAGAGUUCCUGCAGCGAGCCCGACACGCCAGGCACGCCCGAGGCCCCCGGGGAGCCGGGUGAGGGCGGCGCGGGGGUCCACGGGGCGCGCCCCUCGACGGCCGCCGGCCCGUCGUGGCGGCGGAGGCCGGUGGCCCCCGCGGCCAAGCGGCACCAGUGCGCGUUCGCGGGCUGUGGCAAGGCCUACUACAAGUCCUCGCACCUCAAGUCUCACCAACGUACCCACACGGGGGAGCGCCCCUUCUCCUGCGACUGGCUCGACUGCGACAGGAAGUUCACGCGCUCCGACGAGCUGGCGCGCCACUACCGCACGCACACCGGCGAGAAGCGUUUCUCCUGCCCGCUGUGCCCCAAGCAGUUCUCCCGCAGCGACCACCUCACCAAGCACGCCCGGCGCCACCCGAGCUACCGCCCAGACAUGGUCGAAUACCGCGGGCGCCGCCGUGCUCCCCGCCCCGAGCCACCCCCCGCUGCCGCCCCCGCGGCCCCUGCCCCCGCGGCCGACGGCUCCGGCUCCGACUCCGGCUCCGGCUCUGGCCAGGAAACCAGCUUCACCGCUUGCCUGUAG